AUGAAAAAUGCAUGCGAAAAUGAACGACAACCUGUCGUUGAAUAUUUUCACGUAAGCAAUAAACAAUAUUUAUUUUUCUCUGAACGAGUGACUUGGGAGGAAGCUCGUCUACUCUGCCUAAAUUACAAUGCAAAGCUGGCAAUUUUGAAUGACAUGGAAAAAGCGACGGCAAUCGCUCAAGCUUUAGCCGAAUCUGAUAUAUCGUCGGAAGACACUUGGUUAGGUGCCAGAAGAUUGAACACAAUUUGGACUUGGAUUGACAGCGAGGAAAUAGACUGGAGAAAAAAUAUCCUAUCAAUUGAGUCUGGAAUCGACAAUUAUCCACCUUGGAUUAGAGAACCGACGAGACCUACCAAAGAAUGUUUAGCAAUCGAUCGAAAAACUCACUCAAAUCCCAAUUUCAUUGACUUGGACUGCCGAAUACUGAAACCAUUUUUAUGUGAAAAAAAACCAGACGAUUCUCUAAAAUCUCCGGUACCGGCUAAAUGGAUUCAAAUUCAAAGAAGUACAUUUACACUCUAUCAUGGUAAAGUAACGUGGGACGAGGCCGCGACAUUUUGCCGAAAACAAGGUGCAAGAUUGGCUAUUUUACAGAAUCUCAACGUCAUCGAAAUUCUCACCAAUAGUAUGACUAAAACGCGACCAGAUUUUGAGACAGUUUGGAUCGGGGCACAUUUCUCGUAUGGACAAUGGAUCUGGAUGGCUUCCGGAGCAAUUUUGAAUUCUGUUUCGGAAAAUGGUUAUCCGCCCUGGAGUUCGGGUCGAUCGCAAAAAAAGGAAGGAUGUCUCCUUCUAGAUCGUCAUUUAACCGGUCAUACAAAUUUCAUUGAAGCCAAAUGCAAUCGAAAACGUGAUUUUGUCUGCGAAGAAUAUCCGCAGAUCGAGCAAGAUGUUUGGCUCAACGAUCCAGUGAAAUUCUCGCAUGAAAAUGAAACUUACAUAAUUUACUCCGCGGAGAAAUCGUGGCAGGAGAGUUAUGAAUUCUGUAAGGAGAGAGGCAGUUCUCUCGCCAUCAUUGAAGACAUGAAUGCCACGAAUGUCAUCAUCGAAGCCAUGGGUGAUCAUCCUAAAGGAAUCGAUCACAUUUGGACUGGAGGAACGUUCAAUUUAAAUACAACAAAAUGGGAAUGGAUUGACAAUAAAGAAGUGAUACCUUUCGAAAAAGAUAAAUUCGGCUUUCCACCUUGGGCAGAAUUUGAAAGUGAUAUCGACUUUGACAAUGAAGUUAAGAUUUGUCUCAAUUUGGAUCGCAGUGAUCAUGUGAAGGCCCACUUUUAUGGUUUGGAUUGCAUCAGUAGACAGCCAUUUAUCUGCAAAAUAACUUGUAACACUCCGCCAAAAGUAAAAAAUGGAAAUUGGAGUUGCCAAUCGAGAGAAUCUGGUAACAAUUGUCAAAUGCUGUGCAAUUCAGGAUUUAUCACAAAGGGAUUGAUAAAUGCCACUUGUUCAAAUAAUGGCGGCUGGACAAGUUCCAACAAUUGGCUCGAAUUUCCAGAAUGCUUAAAUCCAAGUGAAUACGCUAAUGAAUUUGUAAAAUCUUUGGGGUACGAGAUACAAAAAGUAAUUGGAUACUAUUUCAUCUUCGAUCAUUGGAAUGAAAAAAUUCGACAAUUAUCGUUUAAAUUUGCCGAACAAUUUCUAAACAUUUUCCCAAUUAAUCAACAAUUGAAAAUGGGAAUGGCGAGUAAUAUUACGAAUCCAAGUUUUCAAUUGGACUUUCAUCAAACCGAUAAUUGCCUGGCACUUGAAACGAUUAAUAAUUGGAAGAAUAAAAUUAGUGCAAAUCGCACCAAAGUCAAUAAAAUUUCCAGCAAUUGGUUUAAGGAAGUUUCCAAAAAUACGGGACGUAAAUCGCUAAUUGUGGCGAUUAUCGAUCGAAAUGAAGCUAAAACAUACAAAAAAAUUUUGCAACAAUUAAUAAAUGCCGGACAUCGCGUUACUGUGAUUGGUCUAAGAGAAGAUGAAGAAACACUUUUACCACUGGCUACCGUGGGUUUAGAUAAAAAGAUAAAUUUGUUUCUCUUUGAUCCCGAAGAAUUUGAAAUUAUCAUCGAAGAAAUUUCCAAGAAACGAAAAACAAUUACAAGUAAUUGUUCGUAUAGAUUGAAAAAAAUUGAAACUGAUUUGUUAAAUCAAAAUGUUUCGAAACUAAAUAAAGAAAUUAUUUUAGCCAAUACGACAGAUACAAUACAAAUAGCAACCACUAAUGAAAAUCUAGAAACGAAAUACGAAAAAUCAACUCAAAUUUCAACUUCAAUUUUCGAAGUUUCAAGCGAGUUGAGUCAACAAAAUCCAAGUAAAUUCGAAGACUCGAAAAGUAAUUUAGAAAACGUUCCUUUCAACGAAGCUGCAAAUCCAACUAAAAUUCCAAAAAACCAAUUUCAACACUCACCAGAAACAGAGUUACCUAUUUACAUGACUAAUCCAACAAGUGAAGAGGAAACUCGCUAAUAAAAAUUAAGCCUUACUUUACUAGCAAUGAAAAUCUCUUCAUAUAGUUUAUUUACUAAUUAGAAGAGUCAUUUAAAAAAAAAUUACUUUCGUUUGUAUUUACAUUAAAAAAUGAGAAUUAUUAAAUGAGAAUGUAAUAAAUUCAAAAAUUAUCA